UAUCAAUUUUAACUUUAUAGAAAUUCAAUAUUUAGUCAUCCAUGCCUUUUCAGAGCCACAUCGCUCUACAAACCGCAGUGGCCGACAGCAUUGCUCUUGGACAAGCAGCAAAGCUCGCCAAAGCAAACUCCAACAUGGCCAUUGUUCCCAAAGUCUCCACAAUCCCAUCGGAUGUUCCCGGUGCGGACUACGUCUACGUCGUGUCCGUCCGUACGGGAACCCAGCCUGAUGCCGGCACGGCGUCUGUGGUCGGGCUGAUGAUCACAGGGUCAGAGGGCAGGACAGCCAUGGUCACUCUCAACCCUGCAGGCCUGAUCCUAGCCAGAGGAGGUGACACGUACCACAUCAUGACGACACCGGCCUCAAUCGGCGAGCUUCAGUCUGUACAGGUCUGGCACGACAGCUCCGGGAAGGGCGCCAUGGAGUCACUCUUCAUAGACAACGUCAAGGUCUGGGACGUACAGACAUCACAAGGAUUCAGUUUCCCUUGUUACUCCUGGCUGUCCUCUCGUAAAGGAGACGGUAGGACAAUAAGGACCUUGCAGGCAGCUGAUGGAGAAAAGCGCAUGUCCGAGUAUACCCUGCCGACGUUUCUGUACCUUCUGUACGACGACCAUCUGCUCCUGUCAGCCGUGUGUAACUCCGGCGUGAGACACUUCAGCCGGGCGCAGCGCCUGGUUUGCUGCCUGGCUCAGACCACCCUGUGGAUGGUGGGCAGCGCCAUGUGGUACGGGGUCAAACUGGGUGCACACGAUGUCAUUUUGUUCGACGCUGGAGUCAUCACUCUCCGUCUAUCGGAACUGAUUGGUACUGCAGCUACAUCCUUCACAGUGUUCCUGCCAGUUUACGUCAUCCUCGUGCCGAUGUUUCGCAAGCAGCCUGCGUUGGAGGAUCAGAUUCCUCCUGGAGUGAUGAAAAAGCCGACAUCUCAAACGACCCGCCGGUUUCCUUACAAGACGGUGGCGUGGAUCCUCGCCAUCCUGACGUCUGUCUGCAGCAGCUUCUUCGUCAUCGUGUACAGUCUGCAGUUUGGAGCUGAGAGAAGCCAGGCCUGGCUAAAGGAAUUCGUCCUGGCAUUCUUAUUCUCUACGUUUCUGCUGGAGCCUGUUCAGAUUUUUCUGACUGCUUACACAAAGGCGGUCAUCAUCGGACCUAUUGUGUGGUCUGUGACCGCUUGUGCUCGGGGAGUUUUGGGGAAGGAUUUAUCGGACACAGGGCGUUGUCCAAUCGGUGUCCUUAAGAAAAAGAGCAGAGAAUAUACAGUUCCCGCUCGGAGGGUUUUACCACCGGUCCCGAGGAAGACCGACCAUGACCCGAACUGGACCGAAAGGAUGACAACAGGUAGAAACAUCCUGGUGCUCCUGGUGUUUCUGCUCAUCUUCACUGGAAAUGCCUUCUACAUCGGGAUUCUGGGCUUCGACAGACACGUCUACCAUAUCAGGACCUCUCUGGAGAACAGCCUGCUAUCCGAGUAUGAGGAGGUCGCCACAGUAGACGACGCCUGGGAGUGGUUGUCGUCUGAACUGAUCCCGUCUCUCCACCCAGAGCGGGGGUACAGCGGGCAGAAGCUCAGCUGGCUGGACAAACAGUUUCCGGCUGGAACAAACGCGUUCCGGAUCGGUCCUGUUCGCCUGGAGAGAAUCACCAAACAUCCAGGUAAAAAGUGUCUUUGGUCCAAUGUGGAUUAG